AGAAGUGUCAGUCAAUCAAUAAAAGAGGCUUGUGGUUUGUGAUUAUAAAAAAACUUUAAAAACAAUCAAUAUUGUGAGCAACUAUCAAAAACGAUACAAUUCUGAUGGAUUAUAAGAAUCGGUGUCGAACAUGUUUAGGCAGCGAGAAGGAAAUGCGGCAUAUACAUACUUGUGUAAGAAUAGCAGGCGAAGAAGUACAUUUAUCGGAUAUUCUGCAGAAUUUUUAUAAUUACAAGGUGGCGCCAGACCCGAUGUUUCCAGAAAACAUCUGCAUCAACUGCGUUCAUCAACUCACCAUCACUUACUCCUUCAAAGUACUGAUAGAUUCUAGCACCAAAACAUUGAUGGAUAACCUCACCCUCCUUGACUCCACGAGCGACAAUUACGACUGCGCCUAUGAAUCCGAUGACCAAAAGCCAGAAUGCCAUAUUAAUAUAAAAAAAACUAAAGUUAAAAAGUUGGAACAAAACAUUGAUGAAAUUCGAUUAUUAUUUUGUGUUGAGUGCAAGGCUGAGUUCCAUUCAGUCAAGCUUCUGAAUGAACAUUGCCUAAACAAUCACCCUACAAAGUCAGAGGUUGGCAGGGAUUGUGAUUACUGCAAUGAGAAAUUUGAAGAUUUCCGUUCCCUAGUCUUACAUAGAAAGUUACAUUUAAAACCUUAUUUAUGUGAAAACUGUUGGGAAGGGUUCUACAAUGAGGAUGAACUGAACACACACUCUUGCCAACCUAACAUAGAAAAUAAGGAGAAGAACAAGUCUGAAAGGGUUUUACGGCAGUGUGACCAAUGUGGGAAGUCAUAUCCUCCUGGUUAUAUAAGAAUCCACAUGUUGACACAUAGCAAUGAUCGACCCUACAGUUGCAAAUUUUGUCCAAAGAAAUUCAAGGUCCCUGGAGGACUUCACUCCCACAUUCUAUGGAACCAUAAAAGGACUAGAAAUCAUAAAUGUGAGGUGUGUAAUGCUACCUUCAUAUCUUCAAGUUCCAGAAGUUCUCAUAUAAGGAAAAAUCAUUUGAAAGAAAAGAAGUAUGGAUGUGAUAGUUGUGGUAAACGGUUUUUCUCAAAGUCUGAACUUCAGAGGCACUCCCUGACCCAUACUGGUGUUAAAAAUUUCCAUUGCCAUAUCUGUGACAAAUCAUACCAAACCAGAUACGGUUUGAAUGUCCAUCUGAAAUCACAUUCACCAAUUAAUAUGAAUGUAUUGAAUUUGUGAAAGAAAGUACAAAGGUUUUAAUGAAAUUUGAUCUCAUUUGUUUAGGAUAAGUAACUAUUUAUUAUAGGUAUUAAAAUUUGAAAAUCCAGCAA